AACCUCCAUCGACACCAGCAGUACCUCCGACGACGACUCAAUCAUUAUUCAGCAAGGACUCGACGAAGCCACUAUCCUCACCUACCCAAAACUCCUCUACUCCGAGGCCAAGCUCCAUAAAGGCUUCGCGGACACUUCAGGCUGCUCCAUAUGCUUGGCCGACUACGUAGAUGCUAACAUGCUCCGCCAGUUACCUGACUGUGGUCAUCUCUUCCACCCGGCGUGCAUCGACCCAUGGUUAAGGCUUCAUCCAACGUGCCCAAUCUGUCGAAACUCGCCGGUGCCAACUCCCCUAGCAACACCUUUCGCGGUGGUGGUCCAU